AUGAGUGCUUUGCUAUUAGCAACUGUUUGCGCUAAUGAGAAAAAUGGAAAAGAAGACACAAGAACCUCGGUAUCUCACUGUCAAUCACCUUGGCAACAACAUGAGCCCAUUGUCAAGAGGAAACACCAGUUACGCCCAGAUUGUGCGCUCGGUGAAUUGCGUUCGCUUGACUGCCUUGAGUGCCCCUCAGUACGCAAAAGGGCCGCUCAAAUCGCAUGGGAAUUUCCUGUUGCUCGACAGGAACCAAACGGAGUGCACGCAUGA